AGGUAAGGCUCCGCGAUGCAGGUAAGAGUCCCUCGGCAUAGACAAGGCCUCAGCGUCCCCAGGUAAGAGCUCCUCCCCUCCUUGAUGACCCUUCAACUUCAGUGAGGCCUGCAGCCUUCUCCAGGUGAGGGACCUUCUCCGCAGGUGAAUCCCCUGUGCCUUACGUGCAGCCGCCCCCUAGCUCCGCCCUCCGCAGUUCGGAUGAGGUCCUAGAGACCAUCCAAUUCCUAACCCCUCGGUGCUCCCCUAAACAGAGAACUGACAGCUCAUCCACUCUAAGGCUCCUUCCUCCAGUUUCAAUUGCCAGGUCAGCAGGGGUGAGACUGAAAGCAGGUGGGUGACUCAUCUUGGGCUCCUCCUAGCCUCAGUUUCCCCGCUGAUGCAACUUGAGGCCUCCUCAGUGAGUCAAAACUGAGCUGGCUCUGGCCCCUGGAGAGGCUGCUGGCUCUGGGGAGAGGAGACAGCAGCCAAGUGUGACACAGAGAGAUUCCCUAGCCCUGGGCGUGCCUGCUUGUAUGUGGCCAGGGUCCUGACAAUCCACUCCCUCCCUCCCCAACAGGCACUGGGCUCCCUUUGCUCCCCGUGGGCUGCUCCCCGCGUGGGGCCACUGCCCCUGGCCCCCGCCAUGGUGCGGAUUUCAAAACCCAAGACGUUUCAGGCCUACUUGGAUGAUUGUCACCGGAGGUAUAGCUGUGCCCACUGCCGUGCUCACCUGGCCAACCACGACGACCUCAUCUCCAAGUCCUUCCAGGGCAGUCAGGGGCGUGCCUACCUCUUCAAUUCUGUGGUGAACGUGGGCUGCGGGCCAGCCGAGGAGCGGGUGCUGCUGACAGGCCUUCAUGCUGUCGCUGACAUCCACUGCGAGAACUGCAAGACCACUUUGGGCUGGAAAUAUGAACAGGCCUUCGAGAGCAGCCAGAAGUACAAAGAGGGGAAGUACAUCAUUGAACUCAACCACAUGAUCAAAGACAACGGCUGGGACUGACCCCUGCUCUUGCCCCAUGUGGCUCCAGCCUGGCCUGGCCGCCAGGGGGCGCCACUGGCUUCCCUUCGCUGCCGGAAAGGAGCUCUGGACCCGCAGAGCCCCUGCAGAGGAAGGAUUCAGCUCCUGUACAUAUAUUUUAUUGCAUGCACUGUGACCUUGGGGGGAGAUCCGAGGUGGAUGACACCACCCCCACCCCCCACCUCCCUGCGAUCUGGCUGGCUUGGAUCUCAUUUUUUAACCUUCCUGCCCCGCCUACCCUAUAGAUAUGGCCUGUGUGCUGUUCUCUUAGCCCAGUGCAACAUCUGCCCUGUGAACGCCCACUGGGCCCCUCUUACCGCACGCGUGUCUGCUCCCCUUGUUCUGUAGCGUUUGUAUAUAAUAAAACAAUGGAGUGGAGACAG